AACUCGCAAAAGAAAUUUAUAUCGCUUCUAGUUGUUUCAUCAAAUCUCCGUUCAGCGAUGGAUAUUCUUAAAGCAGAAAUAGCUAGGAAAAGAAAGCUUUUGGAAGAGAAAAAACUGGUGGACGAUAAGAAAAAGUACUUCAAACGAGGAGAGCUGCUGGCACACGAAGAACAGGAAUAUUUGGAGAAAAGUGGCUACAACAACACCGACCGGGUAGCGAGCAGCGGAAGCGAUGCAAAGGAUGGUGCGUCGGCCGUGGGUGACGAUCCAAAGUAUGACUUUCGUAAACUGCCCCGCUCGGAGGUGAUCCGGAAGUUGCGUGAACGCGGUGAACCGAUCCUGCUGUUCGGCGAAACGGAAGAGCAAUCCUGCAACCGGUUACGCCAGCUGGAAAUUUCUGCCCCCGAGGUCAACCGAGGUUUUCGCAACGAUUUUCAAGAAGCGAUGGAACAGGUCGAUGAAGCAUACCUCAAUGAGAUUCUCAGCUCAAACGGACAGACAUCGGGAUUGGGAAAAACGAAAAACAGCAAUGAAGACUAUGAUGUGGAUGAUAGCGUGACGUACGAUUCGAUUCUAGAGAUGGCCGUACGGUUGGGGCGCAGCGGCAAGGAUCACGACUGUCUAGUGAUAAUGACGCUCAUCCAGUUCCUGCUGAAGAUGUGGAACGAUCAGCUGAACUCGGUGACGGCGGCCGAGCGGAUGGCCACAAAGAACAAGAUCGCCCGAGCGACGUUCGAACAGACGCGCCUCUACCUACGGCCGCUGCUGCGCAAGUUAAAGAACAAAACGAUCCCCGAAGAUAUUCUCGACAGUUUGACGGACAUUACGAAGAGCUUGCUGAAGCGAGAUUACAUUCAUGCGAGCGAUGCCUACCUCACGAUGGCCAUCGGUAACGCACCGUGGCCGAUCGGUGUCACGAUGGUGGGUAUUCACGCGCGUACUGGGCGAGAAAAGAUUUUCUCCAAAAACGUGGCCCACGUCAUGAACGACGAAACGCAGCGCAAGUACAUUCAAGGGCUGAAAAGGUUAAUGACUAAGAUGCAGGACUACUUCCCGACCGAUCCAUCCCGCUGCGUGGAAUAUGUUAGCAAAAAAGAUCGUCAAGAUUAGGUGAUAAGAUGCCCACAACACUACUCGAUGCAGUAGCGCAUGUACAUAACGACAUUUCAAAUCAUUUUCAACUGCAUCUUACGGUUUUUAUAAAGUUUUCAUUCAAUCGAUUUGAAAUAAAUAGA